AUGGAAACCAUAAAACAAGAGCUCAUACUUCAUCAAUAUCGUAUACUUUAUCAAAAACCGCCCAUCUCAUAUCGUCAAUUAGCAAUUGAUCUUCCCGAAUACUUCGAGUGCAUAUCCAAACGACAACAAUUUCAAUAUCACUAUGAAAAUUUAAUACAACGAACACAAACGGAUCUCAUGGCUAUACGUCUUAUGGCAUUGGAAGAAAGUCUCUACGAUUACGAAAAGACUUUAGAUCAACAGAAAAUUGCUUUGUUUGCAACUUCAGAUGGGUCCAAAAUACAAGAACAGCAAUGUAAAUCUUUUUAUCAAAUUAUUGAUCAACGAUUACAAUUAAUGCACAAGAAAUUUCAAAUUAAAUUACAAUUUCAUCUAAGUUAUUAUAUUCGUAGUCAUUUGGAUCUCUUAGAAAAUAUGCAUCGAGGAAACAUCGACAAAACACGAUCGAUACCUUUCGCAAAUCAUUUAAUCAUCGACUCAAAUAUCACACAUCAACUGACCAAAGAUCAAUUAGCACUCUUAAAUCGUGGACCAACUUAUGUUCCACCAUGUCAAUUACAAUGUUUAGCUUCAUCCUAUUUAUCACAGCACACAUUAUUAACGGAACAAUAUCAAUCAUUAGUGACUACGUUAACCGACCUAGGUACACAAUAUUCAAUCGAUAUUGAAAAAGUCAAUGAACUUCAACAGAAAGUUCACGAUGAAUUUCUCAUGGCUUUUUCGACAUUGAUACCACCACGUAUUUGUCAUCGAGCAUCCUAUGAACAACACCUUAUACAAGUCAUCCAACAUAUGUUGAAAAGCAAUGAACUUGUGUUACGACGAACCGCUGAUCAUAAUAGUCUAUUUUAUCUUACGACGAAAGCAAGCUUCGAAGAGAAAUGUCAUGAAUUUAUACGUAAAAAUAAUGAUCAAUUUGAACUGGUAUGUUCAGCCAUAAAUGAUAAUUGUGUGAAUAUUCAUUUAGAAUUAGAUAAACUUAGAAAUUACCUGAAUCAAACAUUGAACAAUUUAUUCCAACGGAAAUAUAUUUCUCAAAACGUCUAUGAUCAUUUAUGUGUUACAUCGGAUGAAAUUAAACUAGGAUAUCUAUAUUUUUUACCUGAUCUUGCUUUUCAAACGACAGAUGAAUUUGACGUAAAACCAAUGUUUUCAAUGAUGCAUAGUUUAACAUGGAAAUUAGCUGAAUUUCUUGAACAAUUACUUCGACCAACACUAAUGACACUAUUCAAAUCCACUACAGUUCAUAAUGAUAGUGACUUUAUUCAGAAACUUUACCGAUAUUGUACUCUGGAUGGUCAUCUUCAUUCGGGAACUCUCUUCGUACGAAUUAAAAUCAAGAACUUUUCCACUAUGUAUACAUAUCAAUCCAUCAUUGAUCGAGUUGGUUAUGUGUUAACCAGUCACUUAUCAAAUCAUCCUAUUCAAAAUAUAUCGAUUGUUACCAUAGAACGUUUAAUUGAAUUAUAUUUGAAAUGCAAUAUAUUCUAUUAUGAAGGCAAUAUUUAUCGUUUAACUCAUGGUUUACCUGAGUGUAUGCGUCUUAAUGAUUUAUUAUUACAUAUAGCUUCUUACCCAUGGCAACAAACGAUGAUGAAUGCGGAUCAAUUGAAAAAACAAUUUAUCGUUCGACAUAGAGAUGAAUUAUUCUUUACAUGGAAUCGAUCAGAAGAAGACCUUCGUACUUUUUUACAACCGAUUCGAGAAAAAUAUGAUGAUAUUCAUAUGGAUAUCGUAUGCAAUCGUUAUAUUCAUUAUUUACAUGUGUUUAUUGAAAAUUGUUUUGGUCAUUUAUAUACAUGCGUUUAUCGACCAGCUGAGUCGCACUCGAAACUCAUCUUACCGUAUGUUACUGGUCAACCACUAGUGAAACAUAAACAAUGGUUUCGUACAGCACUUAUUCGCGCUAUACAAUUGUGUUCAAAUUAUGAUGAUUUCAAUCAAGAACGCAUCUAUAUGGAAAUGGCUUGUCUAACGUAUGGUUAUUCGGUAAAUAUCAUUGAAAAUGAAGUAAAAAAUUUCUACAAUUAUUUCGAUAUUGCACCACAUCAAGUACAUUUGAAUACCCUGUUGUAUCAACAAUUACGUACUCGUUUAUUAAAUGAUUUAGAAAGACAAUGCAAAUUACUCGAUACUAAUUUAGAAUUAGAACGAAGCGCAACAAGAAAUCAUUUGUAUUAUAUGUAUGAUUAUGGUCACUACAAACAGUUCGAAGAAAAUUUUCUAAAGAUUUGGUCUUCAUAUACGAGAAAUCAUACAAAGGAAGGAUCCAUUGGUACGAAACUACGAUUAAAUGGAAAGCAUCUGUUUUCAUUAAAUACUUUAUUGACAGAACAAAGACCAAUGUGUACACUUUUAGAUUAG